AUGGCCCGUCGGGAGGGGGCAGGUAGCGGGCGGCCGGGCGGGGUCCAAUGGGUGCCGGCUCCCGAGGAGAGGGCGGGGGAGAAGAGGAAGGAGGCGGACUCUGGGCCCCGGCCCCAUUCAUUGCCGCGGCCGGCCCGGCUGGGGUCUUGUGUGUUACGAGUUAUGGAGGCGCUAAUUCCUGUUAUUAACAAACUCCAGGACGUCUUCAACACGGUGGGCGCCGACAUCAUCCAGCUGCCUCAGAUCGUGGUGGUGGGAACGCAGAGCAGUGGAAAGAGCUCAGUGCUAGAAAGCCUAGUGGGGAGGGACCUGCUUCCCAGAGGCACUGGUAUUGUCACCCGGAGACCUCUCAUUCUGCAGCUAGUCCAUGUUUCGCCUGAAGAUAAACGAAAAACGACAGGAGAAGAAAAUGGAGUUGAAGCAGAAGAAUGGGGUAAAUUUCUUCACACCAAAAAUAAGCUUUACACAGAUUUUGAUGAAAUUCGACAAGAAAUUGAAAAUGAAACAGAAAGGAUUUCAGGAAAUAAUAAGGGAGUAAGCCCUGAACCAAUUCAUCUUAAGAUUUUUUCACCCAAUGUUGUCAAUCUGACACUUGUGGACUUGCCAGGAAUGACCAAGGUGCCUGUAGGUGAUCAACCUAAAGAUAUUGAGCUUCAAAUCAGAGAGCUCAUUCUUCGGUUCAUCAGUAAUCCAAAUUCCAUUAUCCUCGCUGUCACUGCUGCUAAUACAGAUAUGGCAACAUCAGAGGCACUUAAAAUUUCAAGAGAGGUAGAUCCAGAUGGUCGCAGAACCCUAGCUGUAAUCACUAAACUUGAUCUCAUGGAUGCAGGUACUGAUGCCAUGGAUGUAUUGAUGGGAAGGGUUAUACCGGUCAAACUGGGAAUAAUUGGAGUAGUUAACAGGAGUCAGCUAGAUAUUAACAAUAAGAAGAGUGUAACUGAUUCAAUCCGUGAUGAAUAUGCUUUCCUUCAAAAGAAAUACCCAUCUCUGGCUAAUAGAAAUGGAACAAAGUAUCUUGCCCGGACUUUAAACAGGUUACUGAUGCAUCACAUCAGAGAUUGCUUACCAGAGUUGAAAACGAGAAUAAAUGUUCUAGCUGCUCAAUAUCAGUCUCUUCUAAAUAGCUAUGGUGAACCUGUGGAUGAUAAAAGUGCUACUUUACUCCAGCUUAUUACCAAAUUUGCCACAGAAUAUUGUAAUACUAUUGAAGGAACUGCAAAAUAUAUUGAAACUUCAGAGCUAUGUGGUGGUGCUCGAAUAUGUUAUAUUUUCCAUGAGACUUUUGGGCGAACCUUAGAAUCUGUUGACCCUCUCGGUGGCCUUAACACUAUUGACAUUUUGACUGCCAUUAGAAAUGCAACUGGUCCUCGUCCUGCUUUAUUUGUGCCUGAAGUUUCAUUUGAGUUACUGGUCAAACGGCAAAUCAAACGUCUGGAAGAGCCCAGCCUCCGUUGUGUGGAACUGGUUCAUGAAGAAAUGCAAAGGAUCAUUCAGCACUGUAGCAAUUACAGUACACAGGAGUUGUUGCGGUUCCCUAAACUUCAUGAUGCCAUAGUUGAAGUAGUGACUUGUCUUCUUCGUAAACGGUUGCCUGUUACAAAUGAAAUGGUCCAUAACUUAGUGGCAAUUGAAUUGGCUUAUAUCAACACAAAACAUCCAGACUUUGCUGAUGCUUGUGGGUUAAUGAACAACAAUAUAGAGGAACAAAGGAGAAACAGGCUAGCAAGAGAAUUGCCUUCAGCUGUAUCACGAGACAAGUUAAUUCAGGACAGCAGAAGAGAAACUAAAAAUGUUGCAUCUGGAGGUGGUGGGGUUGGAGAUGCUGUUCAAGAACCAACAACAGGCAACUGGAGAGGGAUGCUGAAAACUUCAAAAGCUGAGGAGUUACUAGCUGAGGAAAAAUCAAAACCAAUUCCAAUUAUGCCAGCCAGUCCACAAAAAGGCCACGCUGUGAAUUUGCUGGAUGUGCCAGUUCCUGUUGCACGAAAACUAUCUGCCCGUGAACAGCGAGACUGUGAAGUUAUUGAGCGACUCAUCAAAUCAUAUUUUCUUAUUGUCAGAAAGAAUAUUCAAGACAGUGUGCCAAAGGCAGUAAUGCAUUUUUUGGUUAAUCAUGUGAAAGAUACUCUUCAGAGUGAGUUAGUAGGACAGCUGUAUAAAUCAUCCUUACUGGAUGAUCUUCUGACUGAAUCCGAGGACAUGGCACAGCGUAGGAAAGAAGCAGCUGAUAUGCUAAAGGCAUUACAAGGAGCCAGUCAAAUUAUUGCUGAAAUCCGAGAGACUCAUCUUUGGUGAAGAGAACUAUGUAAUCCUGAAAUUUUGUUGACUUGUUAGUCCUGCCUACUUGAGUAGAAUUUUAUUUAUGAACUCCUGUGUCUUGCAGUGAUAGGAAUCUGCUCAUGUGAAGACUGGCUAUAAACUGAAAAUUGUACUCUGUAUUCCAGAACAAAUCACACAUUUAAUCCAAAUAAUAAAUGGCUAUUUCUAAAAUUUCCUAGUAUAUAUAAAAUACAUCAAGUCUGUCUUGUGACAGUUUCAUUUGAACUUAAAAGGAACCAUUAAUAGUUCUAGUUGUACAAGCAGUUUGUCUGUGAAUAAGAUGACCUGUGUGAUCUGCUAGUAGUCCUAAAGCUGCUGCCACAGCCCUUCGAGAAGAAUGCACCAAGACACCAUUUCAUACGACUAUGAUGCAUGCACUAUAUAAACCGACCUGGCUUUGGAAAGAGAUGAGUUGACAAGUUACUCACGUAGUCACAGUUCCAAUUAUCUUUUGAUUUAGUUUUAUUGAGCUUCUCUGCAACCUUUGAUGUGUCUGUAAGAAAGCUGAACACAUGAGAGGAUCUGUAACACUGACAGUGAUGUGAUGUGCAUAAUGUGUAGCUACUGUCCUUCCACUUCUGGGUCCACUUUCCCCUGGUGCAUUAAAAAUUAAAAUUCCUUUGAUCUUACUUCAACUUGGAAGCAUGAAUUAUGUUUUACUGCAUUAAGAACAGCCAUCUAGCCUUGAUUAUCUAGUAAGACUUGGUCAUGACCAUUUCCUCUUAGUUUUUAGAACUAGUAAAUUCUCCUUGGCUUUCAAAUAUAGUAGUAGUAAUCCAGUAAUCCAUCUAUAAAUUGGAUCCCACAGACCACACUUCAAGAUUCACCUGGAGGAGGGUCUUAGAACCAAAUACUGUACUGAUUUUAAGUGUAUCUUCUUUCUCUAAGUUUCUCUAAGGAUUAGUUGGUAAUAGUUAUUACUUUUGCUUCACACCAACAAAGUAGAUUAGAAUAAAGGUACGAAAAUAAUGAUGGGGCUUUAUUAUUCACAGAAAAACAUCCUGACACACACAUACUCCUAAAUGCUCUCAGAGGGUUGGGAGUGAGGUUUAGAACACAUUUUACCAGA